AUGACGGACUACAACUCUCUCAAGGUUCCCGAUCUGAAAGGGCUGCUAGGGCGGCGAAAGCUUCAGCAGUCCGGGAACAAGCAGGCGUUGAUUGCGCGACUGCAGGAAGACGACGACAAGAUCGCCGCCGCCGCCAAGCUCGCCGCCGCCCGCGCCGCCGCGGCCAAGGCAGAUGCCGAGGAAGAUCAAGUCAGCUACAGCGACGGCAGCGACGAUGAAGCCGCGCCACCCGAAACAGCCGGUGCGAAGCCCGUGUCCGCCGCCGAACCCAAGCCAGCGGCAGCGGCGCCUGCGAGCAAGAAGAACAAGGACGCGACGAGGGCCCCCACCUCGGCGGGAGAACCGACCGAGGCCGAUGUCGCUGCGCCCUCGUACGCCAUAGGCUUGGCGUCCAGCGCCGCGGAUGAGGAGGCCAUUCGGCGUGCCGAGCGCGCCAAGCGAUUCGGCAUCGAACAAGACGACGAGGCCAGGCAGCGCGCCGAACGAGCCAAGCGCUUCGGCCUUGCCCAAAACGACCUGGCCUCGGGCCUCGACUCUGCGCUCCCCGACCGACCGCUGAAGCGCGGCCGCGGCGCUCGCGGCGACGGCGAGGGAAUCCGCCCGUUCAAGCGGCAGAGUCUCGAUAGAAGAGGUCAUCACGGCCGGGUCACCAGAUACGGCGGAAACCGCCAGCGCGUCGGUGGUGUCCUGGAUGAUGCCGCCGAGAGGGCCAAGGCUGAUAAGAGAGCAGCCAGAUUCGCAACCGCCUAG